AUGAAAGCCUGGAAGCAGGAGGCUAAGAAGGUGGUGAAUCCUUUAUUUGAGAAGAGGCCUAAGAACUUCGGCAAUGGGCAGGAUAUCCAGCCCAAGAGAGAUCUCACACGCGUCGUCAAACGGCCCCGCUACAUCAGGCUGCAGCGGCAGAGGGCCAUCCUCUAUAAGUGGCUCAAAGUUCCUCCUGCCAUUAACCAGUUCCCCCAUGCCCUGGACUGGAAAACAGCUACCCAAUUGCUUAAACUUGCCCACAAGUACUGGCCAGAGACAAAGCAGGAGAAGAAGCAAAGGCUGCUGGCCCAGAACAAGAAGGCUCAUCUGGUGGUGAUUGCCCACGACGUAGACCCCAUUGAGCUGGUGGCCUUCCUGCCUGCUCUGUGUUGCAAGAUGGGGGUCCCCUACUGCAUCAUCAAGGGAAAGGCCAGGCUGGGGCGGCUGGUCCAUAGGAAGACGUACACCACUGUUGCCUUCACACAGGUUAACUCGGAAGACAAGGGUGCUCUGGCCAAGCUGGUGGAAGCUAUUAGGACCAAUUACAAUGACAGAUACAAUGAGAUCCGCCGCCACUGGGGAGACAACGUCCUGGGUCCUAAAUCUGUGGCUCGAAUUGCCAAGCUGGAAAAGGCAAAGGCCAAAGAACUCGCCACUAAACUGGGUUAA